UAGCAGGAUUUACGGUCUGGACAUCGCACUAGGAGAAGGCCCUUACUACCCCCAAGCAUGAUAUAUGCCGAUAUCCCCGAAUUCAGCAACCCCUACCUCUCUACAUCUAUGGGAGCGUCAUAAGCUAUUCUAUACGUUUCGUACCUUUCUGGUGGAUGUAUUUAUAUAGCUUUGUUUGCUUCCUCCCCUAUUGCUCCACCAUUCGGUCUACGUGGGCAACCAACACUGUUGUUUUGACCUAAAUUUUCACUUUCAGAAAUCUUUUGCUAUCUAUAUUUACACACACUCGUUUUUUGAAAUUAAAAUUGAACACGAACCUCCUUUCCACAAAUUUCGCUGCUUAUCCACAGGAGCAUUCAAAUUUGAAGGAAUGGAAUGUUGAGAAAAGGCGAAAAUUGUUUUGGUGUAUCUCACAUUCCUUCCCCAAGCUUCGCUCGUUUAUUUGUCAAUCGCUUGGAGGCACUUUGUAGCCUGAGUAAUAUUUCGUCGAGGGUUUGCGGGACAUCCUUGAAUCAUAUUUUCGAACCGGACAACAUUCACAGCUUCGUUACGGUUUGAAAAAUAUAGCUGCUUCGAGAUUGCGGGACACUCUCGCUGGGAAAUAAAAUGCAACAGUUCGGUUUCGCCACUGGGGAUACCUCAUCCCGAGAAGGGCAUAAAAGUUUCGUUUUCGUUGAUGAACAUAAUAGGCAUAAACGUCUUAAGGUGACAAGAGCCUGCAGUGGUUGUCGUAAACGAAAAAUCAAGUGUGAUUCGGCAACAAGCAAUAUAUGGCCCUGUGCUGCAUGUACUAGAUUGAAGCUCGUCUGCAUUCCGCCAAAUUGGAAUGCUCAGCAUGAAAAUUCUUUACAUGGACAGGACUUUGAUCCGCUGCGAUCAUUAAUUCAACCGAGCAAUUUUGACAACUUACCGCAGCCGACUUCCACCACCCAAAAUAUCUACAAUUUAGGCCAAUUCCAGUUCGAAUUCUGUUGUCAGAAUUUGGAUGAAGUGCAGUCCGUUAGCAACAGCACCACUCGGAUAGCACAACCGCAGCCACAGCCGUACUUGGGCCAUUCCGAGAAUCAAAUUCAAUUUCUAACAGACGAUGGCUCGGCUAAAAACAGCCCAUUGCAGCAACCGUUCAGUUACACCCAACCAUCUACUUACACUAAUGACUACCCUCCACUUAAUACUGAGAUUGUUCAACCUGCUACUACUUCUGUUACUGCUACCAUAUCUACCCCAUCACCGUCCGUUUGCUCCGUAUACUCGAGCCCUAUAUCCUCACGGAAAUUUGAACCUCCACCAUUGAAGAAGUGCGAAGAGCUUACAGUUAAAUGUUUGCCGAGUAUAUUUGGGCCGUUGAAAAUAGACGAGAAUGGAAUUGCACCGUAUAUCAGCCAACAAACAAGAGUUGAGAGCCUACCUACGCCUACAUCUCCAUGCAAAGAAGACGAUGCUUUUCUGUCAACUUAUGCUGAGCCAAGUGGCUCCAUUGCUAUACCACCGGAGCUGAUGCCCUGUGAAGAGGAAGCCAAUAGCUAUUUUGAGCUAUUUUUUGAUAAAAUCCAUCCUUAUAUUCCUGUGAUUCACCGGAGUGAUUUCUAUCGGCAAUGGCGAUCCGAUAAGACCGCUAUAUCCCCAUUGCUUCUUGAGGCAAUAUUUGCCUGUGCCGCAAUGGUAUCCGAAAAUCACACAAAGGGCGUUCGGUGGCUCAAUUUGGCAAACAAACAUAAGCCGGCCUUUUUGGAGGCGCCUCGGCUUAGCACAAUUCAGGCGCUUCUGCUGCUUCUAAAAGCCCGUGAAUUUGCACCCAAAAACGGAUUUUAUUACCGAUCAUGGCAAUUAGUGAAAACAAUGGUCUCAAUGGCUAAGGACCUUGGGCUUCAUGAGCAUUAUAGUAAUCACACUGGCGACAAAUCCUGUGGUAUCAAUUCAGCGGAAUGCCUUAUCAAGACAAGAGUUUGGCAGACGCUGCUCAUUGCGGAAGUUUUGAUUGGUGCACCCCAGGGAUUGAACGAUUUCGGUGUAGACACCGAAACAGUGGAAACCCGCACCGCCUGGAAUGUUUCCGGCUUGGAUGCUUACGAAACGGAAAGGUCGCGACUAUAUGCUUAUUUUGUACGAGUUGCAUUGAGCAUAAGGUGUUUCAUUGAUACCUAUAAACAAACGAGCAAGCAAGAUGAUCGGAUUACAGAUCCUCGCUUCACCGUAAACAAUGGUUUGCUUGAUGACUGGGCUACCGACUUGCCUGAAGAUCUGCAGAUUGUUUUCCCGUCAGGCAGUACUUCCCCUUGGCUUUCAUCCCAUUACAUGGGCAACUUGAACCUACACUUUCAUCUUUCGGUUAUAUUACAGUACCGUCCGCAACUUGCAGCAUCGGUGCGCGAUACGUCUAACAUGUGGAAAGCGCACAUGUCUAGGUGCUAUUCUUCAGCGAAAGCUAUUUACCAUAUCCAAGACGCAAUUAUAUCGUCCUGUGGGCUGAGCGGCCUGGGAUACAUGCAAAGAGGUAUCCAUUUAACAGUGUACUGCAUUUUGACAUGCCUCACGGUACACUUGACAGCUCUCGCCUCUUCGGAUGUAGACUUUGCUUCCGAGGCAAGUUUGUAUUUCUCGCGCCAUAUGCGUCUCCUUGAGCGGUGUAGCCAGAAGUGGUCUCUGCCAGAUAUCCACGCGCAACUUGACUCUAUCAGAGCUACGCUAUCUGCGGAUCCAACCAAGCCAUUUGAGCUUGCAUCGUCGUUCGUGCUUCCAGCGGCCACCAAGCAACCGGAUCCAACGCAAAAGGCCGAGUCUUUACAUAGGGAUGGAGGGGGAAUCGCCCAUAGGCAAGAUAGAAAACACACGGGGAAUGUUACUCUUGCGAUGCCUUCCCCGAUCCAAGUCCCGGACAAAAUAGAACAGGUACCGACUACGCCACCUCCAAUGAUGUUUGAAGUGUUGUCGAGUGACACGGCCAUGGAUUCGUCGCUCAACGUUUACAUGGACGGUAUCGGUAGCUGGGACCCAACCCGUCUUGUCACGCAAUGGGACUUAGAACUUUCUCCUAACGAAAGUUUGAGCCCAACAUCAUCUCUGGCAUCAAUAGUAAUACCUAAUCGCCACAAUAUUGACUACUGCUUCCCUACCCAGUUUGUUUCGUCCUCCCCUGCUUCUCCUUUUCAAAAGGAGUUACCAUAUUACACAUAUGAUUUCGACCACCCUUUUAUGUCCAUGUCUGCUCAAGAGUGGAACAAGGAAUUUGCUCAUGUUUACACUCCGCAGGGACUAAAACGAAAAUGGGAGGGAACAGAUACUUUUUUGGAAGAGUCAUACGCGGCAAGAAACAUGUGAAGUGGAUGCGCAGGUCGCCCUUCUCUCACCUGUCACUUGAUGAAUGACUUCGUUACAUUUAUAUGGAUUAAUGAUGGGUGAAUAUCCAUAUCCAGGAUUAAUGUGUUAUGGGUAAACUCUAAUUUCCUAUCUCUAUUCAUUUUCCUUGAUUGUUUUCCCUAGUUUUCGGUGUUGAGCAUCCUAGUUUAUAGCUGUACUCUGUUCGGUGCAGCCUCUUUUCAUCUCCUUGACCAAAUUUUCUGGUUUUGAGGUAUGAAUUAGAAUCUAAGAAGCCAUUGUUGGGUGGCAUCCGCUAUAUCCAAACGUGUACAAUAAUAGUCGACGUCUGAGAUUUGGGGUACGGGAUACCAUUGGCUUAGCUGGUCUAGCAUAUACCAUCGUAAAGGAAUAGU